AAAUCUGAUCCAUAUUUGAUUGUAUCAUUGGGUAAAUGUGUUAUUAAUGAUCGUGAUGAUUAUAAACCGAAAACAUUAAAUCCGGUAUUUGGAAAAUAUUAUGAAUUUGUAGCACAUUUACCAAUGGAUUCUUUACUUAGUAUACAGAUGAUGGAUCAUGAAAGAGUUGGAGCAGAUACAUUGAUUGGAGAAACACAUAUUGAUAUUGAAAAUCGUUUCCAUAGUGCUCAUCGUGCUACUUGUGGAUUAAUGCCUAAAUAUUAUGCUCAUGGCUAUUGUCAAUGGAAAGACAGUCAACAACCAACGGAAAUAUUAGCUAAGCUAUGUGAAAAAUAUGGUAUUGAGCAGCCUGUUUAUAAUAUAUUGGAGAAUAAAAUCACCAUAGGCAAUGAGUCGUUUUUUGCUAAUACAGAAAUCCGAAAUGAAACUGGUAUAACAGUUAAAUCAGUAGAACCAUUGGCCUUAGAAGCAUUACAUAAUUGGUCAUUGAUUACAAACAAAGAUGUGAAAUUAGUUAGUGAACAUGUGGAAACACGUUCUUUAAAACAUCCCGAUAAUCCAGGUUUAAUUCAAGGUCGACUACAAAUGUGGAUUGAUAUGUUUGAAAGAGAAGUUGCUGUUCCACCACCGGCUAUAAAUAUUUCACCACGUGUACCAGCUGGAUAUGAAUUACGUGUUAUUGUGUGGAAUACAGCUGAUGUAAAACUUACUGACACUUCAUUAUUCUCUUCUGAAAGAAGUUCUGAUAUUUAUGUUAAAGGAUGGGUAAAAGGUGUUGGAAUUGAUGAUCAAAAAACUGAUGUUCAUUAUAGAUCAUUAUCUGGUGAAGGAAAUUUCAAUUGGCGUUUUAUAUUUCCAUUUGAUUAUAUUAAAGCAGAAGAUAGAAUAACUUAUCCAAUUAAAGGAACAUUCGAUAUUGAACCACAUAUGAUUAAAGCUAAUUGUGAAUUGACAUUACAAGUAUGGGAUGCUGAUAUUAUUACAAGGGAUAAUUUUAUUGGAUCACUGACAAUGCGUCUAUCAUCCUUGCCACGAUGUGCGAAAACUGCAAAAAGUUGUGGGUUACAUCAAUUAGAACCAGAUUGUCCAAGAUUUUCAAUGUUUAAGAAUAGAACUGCACGUGGUUGGUGGCCAGUUACUGAUGAAGAAGAUGAAGAAAUUAUCGUUCAAGGUAAAGUUGAAUGUCAGUUGGAAAUGUUGAAUAGUGCUGAAGCCGAAAGUAAUCCUGCUGGCUUAGGUCGUGAAGAACCAAAUGGACUGCCAAAACCAGAGUUGAUGGAUGUUUUACAACGGUGGAUCAAUGUUUCAUACAAAUUUAUUAGCAUGUAGAAAUUGUAUUUUCAGUCUUAUGGCAAUUGAUAGUCAAUGUGGGAUUAAAAUCGACGUUAAUCAAUAUCUUAGUUAGAGACGAUAUCGCUAUAUGUUCCAGUUGUAAAUGACUAUUUAUAUGAUGGAAAUGUUUACACAGACUGAUUACUGAGUGGUAGACAAUAUCAUAUAUUUAACGUAAGGAUUUAUCGAGAUUGUUGGAUUUUAUGGCUUAUGUAGCUAAUCGACCUUAGUUAGACUGCCACUGGAAACCAAGGAGGAUUGGAUAAUGGCCUUAUAUUGGUAUAAGGCUAUUCAGCAGUGUGCAUUCGCAAACCUACUAAAAACUGAUCCCAGGACUAUCAGACCUAGAGACGAAAGCUACUUCUUUAAAUCACUGAGUUAGGAUCCAAUACCACACUCGAAUCUCACUAGUUACGACUUGUCAAAAAAACUCCGGCAAUUUUCGACCAGAUGCAUCAUUUAUGAAAUUCCUUGGACCAUUGAAUACUCUUCGUUACUUAGUCAAAUAUCGUUUAAAGUGGAUAUUGAUCAAAAUCUUUGUCAUAUUCUUGGUUUGUUUAAUUGUCUUCUUAUUUCUAUACAGUUUCCCUGGUGCUAUUGUUCAAAAAAUGGUUAAUGGUUAAUUAUACACACAUACACAGAUACAUAUAUACAAUAUAAUUCAGUUGGAAAUAAAUGACUUCGAAACUCACUGAUUGAUUUUCCCUUAUUUAGGUAUUAUUGAUUUAUUUCUUAACUGAGACAAACAAUACACAAACAUUAUACAGUAUAUGAUUAUAAUAGGCAUGUAUAAAAUAUAACGUUGAUUUAGAUGACAUCUGAGUGAUGCAUAUUUACAGUUCAUAUAACGAAUGACAAUGACUAUGAACUGUAGUGAUAGAUGAAUGAAUCAAUGUUAUUUUAAACAUUUUAUUUAAAUACAAAUAUUGCAUAAUUAAAAUUUAAUGUUUAUUAUCACUUAGUUACGCCUCUUACCCUCUAAUGGGAGAGAAAAGGCCGACCACUAGCAUUUUCCAGACAACUCUGUCCUUGAUAAUCCUUUCCAGUUGCUAUUCAUUCUUUCCAUAUCUGCUUAGAAUUCCCAACGUAAUGUGUUCUUACUUAUUCCUCUUCUCAGUUUCCAUUCAUGAUUCCAAGUUAGUGAAUACUUCGUGAUGCAGUUUGAUGGUGUCAACAAUGUAUCUCUU